ACGAAGUCGAAAUUCAAAAUUUUGAAGGUCCAGCAAGGAAGCGGUCACCAUGGAGGACGGUGACUGGGACAUGACCUGCAAUGCAGCUGUGGACGAAGACUUGUUUGGCAGGCCCUUUGACGUGGAGGGUGCUUACGAUGGCAUGAUGUUUCCAGUGUCGCCCCUGUCCAAACAAGGUGCGAAAUGCCUUCGGCAAGCUCAGCGAUCGAGUCGACACGAGCACGAGAAGAAGAAAAAUCGACGACGAACUCUUGACAUCUUCCAAGAACAGUUUGAAAACCACGUCGAGGUGCAGCCAAGCAUCUCACUGCUCACCACGGAUGAGGACGACACUGAGCUAAUGAAGAGACCUGCCUCCGCGAAGAAGCCUCGUUUGUCGUUUAAACCAUCCAUUUUUGCAGCAAGACCAACUCCCACGUUCAUGCGGCUGCCGCAGUUGCCGAGUCGAUUGAUCCUUCCUACGAAGCUCAAGACUCCCGUGAAAACACUAUUAAAGCGCCCGCACUUUGACAACGCGAGCAACAUUCCCUCCAAGCGACAGAACCUUUCCAGCGGCAUUCCUGUUCUAAAAGGGUCAUCCGUGUUAAAGAGCCCGUCCAAAAGUCGAAUUCCCGUGCGUGCGGCCGCACUCUAGCCGACCACUCCCUGCCCCUGUAUUUAUCCUGGUGAGAGUUACCCUCUCGUUCUCGGUGUUAAUGCUGUUAAUGCUUUCCCUGCAUCAUGCAAAUCAACUUCCCGUAGCCUACUCAAUAGUUCCCAUUUCCAAAAUAUUCUACAUAAUCAAGUGAACAACAUGGGCUGGUUCCAACCUUUUCCUCCAGCCACAA